AUGUUGCACCUUAUUGCUGAAGCCGCGUCAGGAUACGGAGAAGAAGAACACAACACCUUGAGCACUGAACGUCUUGUUACCGAGAUGGGUCUGAUGAAUAUGAUGCAGGCUUCGCUUCCUUCGACACAGAAGCUGCAAACCAUACCGGUUUUGCACGCUUGUGCAUUCUCACAUGGGAGGUCUGACAGCGCUGCUGGGCGGGUCAAAUACCCUUUUUAUGGCAAGGAGAAGGCUCAACGCGUUGAUGAAAAUAUUUUUCUUCAAAACGACAUUUUGCAUCUCGUACUAAGCUUUUUGCCAUGGCGUUGUGUGCUGCAAGUGCGAGGCGUGAACAAGAAGUCACUUUUACUCUCCUUGUCGUUUGUGACAGUGUGCCGACUCCCUCACAGUGAUGUGCCUGCUCUUUUUAUUCCGUGUCACGAAGAUCUCAUGGCGAAUGAAGGGAGGUUGGAAGCUGAACUGUCUCCUACGCGUGGGUUGUGUGACGCAUUAAGAUGUGGACCUUUGUCCGUCUCUCCUUCAGCGGACGUGAGAGCACGUGAAAGCCCAAGCUGUAAUCAUCAGCGCAUGUUCGUUGGUCAGCUGCGCCGUGAUGGUACAGUGCCCAUGAUCAAGUGGUUCUUACUGACGAUUUUGCAAAUGCCUCCUGAAUCACUUGUAGCUGUAGAAAACCACCGAAACCGAGCCUCUAAGCGGGGAAAGGGGUGCGUAUGGUUAACUUUACGGGACAGGGCGGCCUCAGAUGUCCUUUCUUAUCACCAUCGCGUCUUCUUUGACAGCGUGUGGAACGUGGAAGGAGUUUGGCUGGUCCCGCCCAGCUAUGAAGAACAGCUCUUUGCUCUCGCCAGCGUCCGAGGAAAUCAAGCAGGGAGGUCGAAACACUUGCCACGUGGCACAUUGGUUGUGGAAAUGCCAACCUCUGCAGUUUCCCCAGCUACGACACCAGUGUUACUGUCUCCGGUGUCAACAGCCCAAACCCCUGUGGCCCCAUCUCCGACUUCAUCUCUUUUCCCUCAACGCGCAUUUCCAAGCUCAAAAAAUCGCCUGAAAUUACGAGGGUCAUGGCGGUAUAAUCCCUAUUCCUUCACUUCUCCCAUUUCCUAUAUUUUUCCACACUAA